UUUCUUUUUUUAAUGGCACUCAAAAACAUUCAAUUACUUGUAGUGAUUUAGUUUUUUCUCUGUCUUUCCUUAAAUAAAUCCGAACGUGCACUGCAUUAACAUCUUCUAGCCAGUGUUCUGUUGGUCUUAUUGCAAAAUACCUUUUGUUUACUUGAAUUUAACAGCACUACAAACGCAUUUGAACGCAUAUUCCUUAUCAGGCGUGUUUAUUAAUGCAAACUUUGACACAUAAACGCAAUGACCUGUAUUUGCCCUCCCCACACUGGCGUUGCUGCUUGCUUGUAAUUCCGAACAUUUCCUGUUUUUGAGCCCAGCGGCGCGCCGUAGUGGCGGUUUCUUACUGGAGCCACGGAUGUUCAAACUUUAUUAAUAUAACAAAGUUUUACUUUCUAAUAAAAGGACUCAUUUAUUCAACCAGCGUGGAUGUAUUGUGACCUUUUUUUUACCAGCAUAUCCUUCAGUUUUUUCUUCACUUUUAUAGUCUAAACCAGGGCCGUUGCUAUGGAGGACGUCACGCGGCUGGUGUCGUCAGGUGACUGCCUGAAGAUCUGGGACUCGACCUCCAUGACGGUGCUGGAGCAGUUCAACCCCCACAGUGCCACGCAUCCAGUGGCUCAAGUGUGCUGGAGCAGCAGCAAUCAGUACCUGGUCAGUGCCAGCAGUAUAGGAGACAAGCUGGUGGUGUCCAGUCUCAAGUCAUCUCCAGUUCCAGUGAUGGAGCUGGGUGAAGGGAAAAAGCAAACCCGUGUCAGUCUGAACUCCACAUCACAGUUCCUGGUCAGCGGAGGACUGGAUAACACGGUUAAUAUCUGGGACCUAAAGACAAAAAGGUUGCACCGAAGCCUUAAGGACCACAAGGAGGAAGUGACAUGUGUGUCUUUUAACGGAGGCGAUAGCUACAUAGCAUCUGGCUCCACUAGUGGAGAAAUCAUCCUCCACAGUAUCACAACCAACCUGUCCAGCAAACCCUUCGGCCAUGGGCCAAAUGUGGUGAGUUUACGUUCGGUAUCGAUAAUUAUUAAAACCUUUUCACGGCACUGUAUCAAUCUAUUUGUCUAUCUACACACUAAUUGUUUGCUAAUUAUCUCUUUAGAUUACAAAGGGCACAGACUGAGUGAUGUAUCAAGUGGGAAAAAAGACUUUGAAUGCCUACCUCAUUUCGCUGGUGGGUCGUCCCAGAGGAAGACCCCAUUGGGCACUCCAGGCAGUCGCUGCUACAGUCCGUCUGUGGUUCAGACUCCUCCACCAAUCAAAGAGGAGGAGUCCAUCACUACCCCACCGCAACAGACUGAUGUGGAGAAGAAUAACAGUCUCCGGCAGGAGUAUGAUGUCACUAGCACACCCCCUGCUGCUCAGAGCACACAUGUUCAGUCUGUGAACACGUACAACACCCCUGAGCCCGGUCAGAGGAGAGAUCUGCCCACCCAGCUCACCUAUGAUUCACCGGUCAGCAGAGCUCCUCCUGCAGCUGCACCAGCUCCAGCGGCGGCAGUCGAAUCUGGAGCCGAGGGCCGUGGAGCUCCGCUCACCUCCAUUCAGAUGAACUUUGUCCGUAAUAUGAUCCAUGAGGCACUGGAGGACUUCAGGGACACUUGUCAUAGAGACAUUAUCAAUCUGCAGGUGGAGAUGGUUCGGCAGUUCUAUAUUCAGCUGGUAUAUUUGUCUCUUUUACAGGCCAAAUCCAUAAUUAAGUUUAAAUGCCAUGAAAACAAAAUGAACAAUUAUACAUAUUCACUAAUCUACUUCUUCUUCUUGACUGUAGCAAACCCUUCUUACUACAUCAGUGCCAAUUGA